UGGGUCCAUUUUCCAUUUCCAUCAUAACCAAAGCAAAAAAAGCAAAAGAAAAACGGUGGAGAAAGAAGAAAGGUAAAGUGAAGAAUUGAAGAAGAAGAAGGGUUUUUUUUUCUUUGAAGAAGAUUGAAGAAAUGCCUAAUCAAAAACAAGGAAGUGAACAGCUACAAACACUGAUGCAAUCUGGGCAAAUUUCUGGGUCUUUUAGUUUUAAUGGAACCUUAACUAAAGAAGAUGAAGAGAUGUCCAGGUCUGCUCUUUCUACUUUCAAAGCUAAGGAAGAUGAAAUUGAGAAAAGGAAAAUGGAAGUCAGAGAGAGAGUUCAAGCUCAACUGGGUCGGGUCGAAGAAGAAACCCGACGUUUAGCUAUUAUUCGUGAGGAACUAGAAGCAUUAGCUGAUCCAAUGAAGAAAGAUGUUCAAACAGUUAGGAAGAGGAUCGAUGCUGUCAACAAAGAGUUAAAACCCCUGGGACAGACCUGCCAGAAGAAGGAAAAAGAGUACAAAGAAGCUCUUGAGGCCUUCAAUGAAAAACACAAGGAAAAAGUCCAGCUAAUAACAAGAUUGAUGGAGCUGGUGGGUGAAAGCGAGAAACUGCGGUUGAAGAAGUUGGAGGAGCUGAGCAAGAGCAUUGAAACAAUACAGUGAAUAACCAGUAAAAUCUCCCCUGACUAAUUAGGCUUGUGUGAUGUAUUUAAGAAAGUUCUUUUACUCUAUUUAUAUAUGUGUGUGAUGUUUGAUUGUAUUUCUUUUUCUUUUUCCGCUCUGUUGUCUGAUCAUUUUAGCUUUUGAGGGAUGAUCAGUGUCUAAUUUUAGGUCUUUUAAGGGAAAGACAGACCCUCUAAUACAGGUUUGUAACUAAAACAAGUCUCAGAACAGUGGAUUCUUUUACUUUUGUCCUCA